AUGUUCGAAUGGUCAGAGAAGACGAAGAGACGGGUAGACCCAAACCCUAAAUCAUCAUCACCAUCUGAAGUGUCAAAACCCAAACCCAAGAUUGUCGUAGUAUCCCUUCCUUUUUUUCUGAUGUGUAUCUGGAUGAGUCACAAUCACCACCAUUGUAGAUAUAACAUAACCAUCAGCUCAAAUCUAAAGUUUCGAAUGAAGGUGACGAUAGUUAGGUUUCAUGCGACAUUAGGUUUUAGCGGGAUUGAUGAUGACGAUGACGGAUCACAACACAAAUGGUUUAAGCAUACAUGUAGCGAUGACGACUCUACGAGGUCACUUUCUUCGACGAGACGUCGAAUUCAAAUGUCGAUGGAAGUGGCUUCAACGUUGAUGGUUGGGAUAAAAGAUCGAUCGUUGAUUAGGGUUCUUGUAAUUCAUCAUCAUUUCGGAGUCGUAGAAGGUUUUUGCUCGAUAUGCUUAAUCUACUCUGUAGUGGCUUUAAGUUGUGGAACCCUAAUGAUGUUCUAUAGCCAUGAGGUUUUUGCAUUCAGUCAUGGCAAUGAAACUGCAAUUAAGCUAUUGGGAUCAACACCCCACGACCAAUUGUUGAUCAAAACCUCUGAUUCGUUCUCGGGUCUGCUUUUAUUUGCUGUUGGAAUUCUCCUGUUCAUGGUGGCAUUUGUGAAAGAUAGGGAUUUUCAGAGCUUUUUUGCUAAAGGGUGUGUUCUUCUUCAUAUUGCGAUGGCAGUUUGGAGGAUAUAUUUUGAGAGGAAGCUUGAAGAGCUUGGUCGUGAUUGGCUCAGGCUUGUUCUAGGUGAUUUUGUUUUGGCACUUUCGUGGGUGUUGUUUCUUGUGUACAGUUGGAGAGAAAAAUAUGAUUAG